CACGAGACCAUCACGGCAUCCGGCUGAUAGUACAUCCCUGUCCCCCGUUUCACGUCCUGGUGUUUGCUUCUAAGCUCAUCCUUGACGCACGGAAGGGCGUCCGUGGGCAGCAUCCAGCAGCUAGCUAGCUAGCAGGCAGGGUGCGAGUGCGAUCGAUGGCGUCCAACUACAAGAUGAAAGGGUUCUUCAAGGGCUUCAAGAUCAUCUCCCAGAUCUUCGUGGCGAAGGAGCAGGAGAUGGUGAUCGGCCGGCCGACGGACGUGAAGCACGUCGCGCACAUCGGCUGGAGCAGCUCCACGCCGGGGACGCUGACGGGGAACGCUUCUCCGAGCUGGAUGAAUGUCAUCGAGGGGUCGUCGGAUUUCUCGUCCAUGGGCUACUUCGCGCCGUCCGCAGGGACCUCCUGGACGUCCCAAGACUUCGAGCAGCAUCACCAGCCGCCACGAGACAUGUUGCCUCUCGGGAUGGCUUCGGAGAUCACCGGGGAAGACGUAUCAGCAGCUCUGUACCCUGAUGUUCCACGCCCGCCACCGAGAAAGACUAGGCGAAAGAAGAAAACGGUGGUUGGCUCUCUAGUGAGUUCAUCAGCGACAAAUGACUCGUCUGCAUCAGCCUCGACAGUAGCAACAAGAGUUGUCGAUGCCAUUGACACCAAUAGUGUGAUAUCUUGAUAGACAAGGCUGCAAAUGUAUUGUAAGUGUGGGUGUGCGGUUCUAAAAAUACUUACAAUUGUAAAUGAACUGAUUUCAUAGGUAGUUGAAUGCAAUGGAUUGUUCCAAAAGCGUGUGAUGAUUCUUCUUUUAUAUGAUUUAGUCAUCUUUGUUUGUUACUUC